AUUUUUACAGGAACAGAAACCGAUUUUUUCGCUGGACAUCGUGCUUGUCCCUGCUUGGAAGGACAUUACCGAACUCAUCUCUUCGAAAAGUGUUUUACAUGUGGCCGAAGCGGGCUGGUAUGCCAAGAUGAGUAUGCCUCACUAAAACCUGGCUUUUGGUGGCAAUGGCGGAACGAGUCCUAUAAACAUCGUUAUGAAUAUUUCAUGAAAAAUAUCGCCCGAGAGUUACCUGCAUUGGAUUAUUUCUCAGUGCAAUAUCCUUAUGCAAUACCAACACCAUACAGAUGUCAGGUAGAGGAGUCUUGCAAAGGUGGUUUGGACUCACCAUGCGGAGAAGGGUAUCAAGGUCCACUUUGCGCUGUAUGCAAUCCAGGGUACCACAAACAAUUUCACUCUUGUGAAAAAUGUCCUUCACGAGCCUGGAUCGCAGCACAGUUAUCUCUCAUUGCUGCUAUUAUAGCGAUAUUGUUGGCCCUUUUAGUAUGGAGAAAGAAAAAUAAUGUUUCAAAGGACCGGGGACUCUCUAUUUUUGACAAUUUGUUGUCAAAGCUUAAGAUCUUGAUUGGUUUUUAUCAAGUCACCCAUGGCUUGCUAGACGUGUUCUCGUUCAUUGAAUGGCCAGAUUCAUUGCAGGUUGUGUCCAAGUAUUCAGGAAUUUUACAGAUGAAUCUGCUUCAGGUAGCACCGAUUCACUGCCUUAGUCACAAUUUACACGUGGAUGCCUUUGGAGAUUUGUUUGUGCUCUUGUCAAUGAACGCCAUUGUUAUCGUUGGUUCGUGUGUGAUCUAUGGUUUUUGGUAUAUGAUGAUCUCAAAAAAACAGGGCCUGGAGGAGGACAAAAAGGCAAGCAAAACUUCACAAGGGAAAGUUCUUGUUUUCAGAAACGUUUUUUUCUUCUUGUACGUGACAUACCUAAGCACUUGUUCGAGGACAGCCAGUGUUAUGCCGUUCGCCUGCCAGAAACUCUGCAAAGAUAAAAGAGAAGAGUUAUGUGACGAGUACCUUAAAGUAGAUUACAGCAUAAAAUGCCAAGGAGCAAAUUACAAUCAUCUUGUGAUUGUAGCUUAUGUUUCAGCUGCAUACAUCAUUGCUUUACCUGCUCUUUCUCUCGUCGCCCUUUGGAGGCAUCGCCGAACAAUCAUAACCAAGAAAGACCGUGCUAAUGGCUCUGAGCCAGAAAUUGUCGAUGGAUUGCGAUUUCUCUUCGAAAAUUACAAACCUCGUUCCUGGUAUUGGGAACUGGUUGAAAUGUCCCGCAAGUGCAUUCUUACAUGCGGCCUCAUCCUUGUGGGUCAAGAAAGCAGAUCCUUCAUUGGAUUGGCCUGGGUUGUUGCCGGUAUGUAUGCAGUGCUUUUCUGCUGGAUCAAACCCAUGCAAGACACUUUUGAGAACAGACUGAUGUCCACUUCUCUUGCCGUUACAAUUGUAAACUUGGGUAUUGGUGCUGUCAGCAGAAUUCCGGCAGAGAACAUAUUAAGCAUGGCGGACCAUCACAAGGACGCUUUGGCAAUGAAAGUACUGAUUAUUGGGGCAAAUACGUUGGUGAUUGGCCUUCUUGCUGGUAAGAUAAAUAUUAGUUUGAUGGGAAAAAAAAACUUAAUUCCAUUUUCUGAAAUAUUAACCACCUAAGUGUUAUAUCUCACACAUUAAAGAUAACCUUAUCGUAUCUUGAAUUUAUCUGAACAGCAACUAAACAUUAAAAUUAAUGAAACGCACAAUAGGUAUUUAGUCUCUCCAUAGGAGCUUAAUUAAUUUGGUUAACAUUUGAAACUACGUAAUUGGUUUAGGUUUACCGUUAAACAGGGAAAGUUCAAUUCUUUGAUCAUUCAUUUUCUUCUUAGUUCAGUACCUGGCAUUCUUACAUCAGUUCUUCAAAGAGUGGCGCAAAAAUCCGAAAUGGUCCUUGUCUUGCUGCCUAGCCUUGUUUCUUCCACUUAAUGACCUUCAAGGCGAGAUACGUGGGAUGGUUGGCAAAAACAUGCUUAAAACACAACUUCAGUCAGGGAUCAUUGGGAAGCCCUCCAUUGCGGCCAGUGCAAAAGAUAGUGGAGCAUUAAGUUUUUCUCCAACCCAUGAAGACAGUGAAAGACAAGAAGGAAGUUCAGUAAAAUCUAGGAUGACCAGAUGUAGCAACACUAAAUGUGACCGUGGGACACAAACAGAAACACUCGCACCAGUAUCUACCGCUACCGCUGAACAUGCACAGGAAUCAUGGAAAGCGUGCCAGCAGAUAACCAUGUGAGUACAUGGCUAGUAAGUUCUUGUUUUCGUUUGUUUGUUUGAUUUUGUGUUUUGGAGGAUGGCGAUGUUGUUUUAGAGAUAUCGUCCACUUUAAUGGUCUAAUAAAUCUUUUGAGAAGCGUCCCUGCUUAUCAUAGAAGAGUUGAAUAAGAUUCCAAGCGACAUGGCUCUACAAAAAGUGUCAUCCUACUACAAAGUCGUCUUCCUUACUCUUAGAAUUGACCUACAUAUUAUAAUAAUAAGGUAUGCAACUUCUUCCAGACUAUAGGCCGACUGACCUCUUAAUUUCGUUUGUGAAAGAGAUGUACAAAAGUGAAAUUUUUUCACACUUGUACAUCUAUAGGAUCUGCCAACCUGUAUCCUUGGUUAGUCGUAGACAUACGAUAUGUUGGUGAUCGUUCAUUUGAAGAGAAAAUAUAAUGGACUCUCUAAUUUGUGAUAUAGAUUUAAUUGUUACACAUUUUCAAGGAUUGUCUUUCUUUUGGGAGACGAUGAGAAUGAGCUCCUACGUACGCUGGUCAGUUACUGUGGUAUUUUCUUAGAGUAAAGUAAGAGUAUGUAAAAGAGACACAAGGAUCCAAUCGCUCUGACAAAGGGCUAACGCUCGAAACGUCAGCCUUUAAACUCUUUACAAAUUGCUCUUCUUUUCAGGAGUCGGCUCUCUGACCAUCACAUACCACUUACUGAAGCAGAGGAAGCCAUCUCAAUAGAAGAAAAGAGAGACAGGAGUAAUGAAGAAUGA